UGAUGUAAUAAAAAGAGCAUUUUACACAGAUUCCAUGGUUUUGUUUGGGUUGUCCCAUCUCUCUCGUCUCUCCUGCCGACUCCCCCUUCAUGCCAAGUGUUUGAGAAUGGCCUCUGCCAAGCCUGUGGUGAUAUUUGUACUGGGAGGACCCGGUGCUGGCAAGGGAACACAGUGUUCUAAUAUUGUCAGGGAGUUUGGGUUUGUACAUUUGUCGGCUGGGGACCUACUUCGCGCCGCUAGGGACAGCGGAUCUCCAGACGGGAAAUUAAUCGAUGAUUACAUACGAAAUGGAAACAUUGUCCCCGUUGAGAUCACAAUCAGUCUUAUACAACAGCGUAUGGAGGCUAGUCCAGUCAAGAAGUUUCUAAUUGAUGGGUUUCCACGUAACGAAGACAACCUGACAGGCUGGGAGAAACAGAUGAGUGAUGUGGCUGAAGUCAAGUUUGUGCUCUUCUUUGAGUGCUCUGAGGACACUUGCUUGGAGAGAGUUUAUAAGAGAGGGCAAUCGAGUGGAAGAGCAGAUGACAAUAGAGAUGCGUUUGUGAAAAGAUAUCGUACCUAUCUCAACUCAACAAUGCCUAUUAUAGAGAAGUACAACAAGAAAGGAAUGGUUAGAAAGAUUGAUGCCUCCUCUGGACCAGAACAAGUGUUCCAAGAAGUGAAAAAGAUUUUUUCAGAGCUCUAACUUUGACUAUUUCUAGUGGACAAUUUAUUUAUGAGAUUUGUGCAGUUCUAUUCCUCAUGCUCGUACCGUUUAUUGUGAAUCUG